AUGGCAUCAUCGAAGGAUUUGGAAGAGCGAUUCAAUCGAGCUGUUACAACUAUUCAAAAUCUUCCAGCAGAUGGGAUAAUUCAGCCAUCGAACUUAACGAAAUUAAUUUUCUAUGGUCUAUAUAAACAAGCGCUGCUAGGACCUUGCAAAGAAGCACGACCAUCUGUUUUUAACUAUGUCAGUCGAGCGAAAUGGGAAGCAUGGGAUAGAUGUCGAACAAUGACAAAGGAACAGGCAAUGUUAGCAUAUAUUGAUGAAAUUCGAAAAAUUAUCGAAACGUUGCCACAAACGAAUGAAGUUCUGGAAUUUUCGCGAUCAAUGGGAUUUUUACCGACAAUUGCUAUAAGCGGCUCGGAACCAACAGCAACAGUAAAAGAAACGAAUCCAUCCUCCCAGAGCGGUUCCAAUCAUUCAUCAACUACAGAAUCAUCUUCCUCUUCGUCGUCAAGAUUGCUUUCAGAUAUGGAUGAUGAUUAUUAUGACGAUGCCUCCGAACUUCUUAUACCUCCACACAAUGAAAUUGUACCCGGUGAUUCUAACUUACAACGAUCAACGGUUACAACAGUUGUUCCUGUCCGUCAAGAUAAUCCUGGUGGGAGAAAUAAUCGUUCGAAUGCAUCAUCAAUUCGUUACGUUUCACCCAAUGAUCAUAGUAAAGAAACUCAACGUGCGAUACUAGCAGCACUGACUAAACUACAACGGGAUAUUCAUAACAUAUUAGAACGGCUCAAUCGAUUAGAAACAGUAACAUGUCUACUUCAACAGAGAGAAUUAAUCAAAACUGCACAGACAGAUUCUUCAUCCUGGUGGUUACCAUCAGCCAAUUUUCGUCGUAGUGCUACUGCAUUUAUAUUACUCUGGCCAUUUAUUGCUUUUGUUCUGAUUCGUCUGUUCUUUCGUGCGAAGAUCAUUAUUCGUUUUCGCCGUCAGCAUCUAUAA